AUGAUCUUUUUACCAGUGUCGAAGACUUUGUUCUAUACUCUAUAUGAGCGUAAAUAUGGACACAAUCUACCUACCGACACUGUGAAACCUCAUUUUGAAGCGCUGCCUGGCAUCCCGUGUGGUAUAUUCAGAUGUACGGGUGGAGAAAUUCUUGGGCGAGGCGCAGACAAGUGCUGCUUAUACAAAAAUCCAGAAUAUUUCUCUUAUCACCACAUGACAUUUUUUGAUCUUCAUCUAUAUUUAAGACCAUGUCGACAACCAAGUCCUGUUUCUGGUAGAAAAAAAUGA